GACAAUGAUUUCAUUGGACUGUGUUUUUCUAUCCACGGCGGAGAAGGAAAGCGGUGGUAGGUGGCGACAGUUAUCAGUUACUGUUCUUCAACUUCAUCAUCAUCAUCAUCAUCAUCGGAGAAGAAGAAGAUGCAUGCGUAUGCACACGAUUUCUCUUCUCUAAGCUUAUUCGACAAUCUCAAUUUCCCUUAUCCUUCUUCUUCCUACGACGAUGAUCACGAAUUCCCGAACUCAUUCGAUGAUGGCCUUUCCCUUCCGAACGACACCGUUUCGGUCCACUGUCACGACGGAACCUCCCCUCUUCCCUUCGGCAUGGAUUGGAGUCCUCCUCCUCGCUACUGGAACGGUCGCAACACUGUUUGGCCUCAUCAUCCCCAUACCACUGAUGCUUGGUCUUUCUCUGUAACGCUUCCUUCCUGGCUCACUGUUCCUCAAUCCAAUCCUUCUUCUGAUCCUGUUGUGUUUUACAGGGUUCAAGUUGGUAUAAGAUCCCCGGAAGCUAUCACCACUACCCGUAUCAUUUUGCGCAGAUUUAGUGAUUUCCUCAAUUUGUUCACUGAUCUGAAAAAAGAAUUCCCCAUGAAAAGUCUGCCUCCACCUCCACCAAGAAAGAUUUUGAGGAUUAAAAGCCAUACUCUUUUGGAAGAGCGCCGGUGCUUAUUAGAGGAUUGGAUGGAAAAAUUGUUGUCAGACAUUGCUGUAUCAAGAAGUGCCCCAGUAGCGAUAUUUCUUGAGCUUGAAGCUGCUGCUAGGUCUUCAUUUCAUGAUGUGAAUCAGCAUGUUUCGGAUGAAACUGCUGCUACUGACACUGCAACAUCUCUUAUGCUGCGAGAUAACUUGCAUAGCUCUAUGAAAGCUCAUAGUUCGUCUGCUGCGUCCGUUUCUGGUGAUGAUACCCCUUAUGAGGUUUCUGAGCUGGGAACACCGAGGCAUGGAAAAGAUAAACGUUCUGAUCGAUUCAUGGCAAAUUUCACAUCUAAACGUGACUUUAUUAAUCCAUCUGAAACAACUGCUGAGCAUGCCACAUCCAACAGCAAUGAUUUUAGUUAUGAGGAUAAUCGUACAGACGAAAUCACUAAGAAUACUUCUGAUGCUGUAGCUUUUUGUCUAGAUGGAACUAGGUUUACACCAGCUAUACAAGAUUAUACCAAUGCUCAUGUCAGGAAACUGUCAAUGGAAAGUAGUGGAAGUGACUUAAGUUCUGUGAGGAAUACUGAAACAUCAAAUUCAACUUUGAACACUUUUCCUCAGAACAUUUCACAUGACCUUUCUGGGAGCCAUGAAUCCUCCAGAAACUCAGAUCUAUUGAUGGCUUUUCCAUUGGAUGAGCGACAUAAGCUGAACAGAAUUCUUAAUACCCAUAAGCAGAGAGUAGCCACAGCUAAAACAGAUGUAGAGGAUCUUAUAGCAAGAUUGAAUCAAGAAAUGGCUACAAAACGAUAUCUUGUGACAAAGGUCAAAGAUUUGGAAGUUGAACUUGAAACUACCCGAUUGAAUUGCAGAGAAAACAUGCAGCAGGCUGUUUUAACCGAAAAGGAAAGGUUUACACAAAUGCAGUGGGAUAUGGAGGAACUUCGGAGGAAGUGCCUGGAGACAGAAAUGAAAUUAAAGAUUGAAGAGGAUGAAAAGCUGCUAGCAGAAUCAACAAAAGCAUCCAUCAUUCAUGAGAAGCAAGUGUUGCAGCAAGAGCUAGAUGUGACUACAGAACAACUUAAGAACCUGCAGAAACAUCAUGAUGAGUUUGAGAUGAAAUCAAAGACAGAUACAAAGUUGCUAAUAAAGGAGGUAAAAUCCCUUAGAAGUUCUCAGUUAGAACUGAAGCAACAGCUCAGCGAAUUAAUGAAGGAGAAAAUAGAUGUAGAGAGAAUUCUCCAGAAGGAAAAGCAAAGAAUUGAAAUUUCACAUAAUGCUAAUGCAAAGUUGCUGCAUGAGUGUGCAAUCCUUCAGAAGAGACUUCAGGAGUGCAGUGUAAAUUUCCUCGUGGAAGAGGAAGAUAAACUAAAUGUUGACACUUCUCCAUCCGAUGCUUUGGAUUUAUUAGCAACAUCAGAUAACCGGAUUGGUCUCUUGCUUGCGGAGGCACAGCUGUUAGCACAAGAUGUAGAAAAUGCUGUUGUUGCUAUGGAAGAGGCACGUGAUGUAACUACAGAUGAUACGGGGAAAACUAGCAAUGAAUUGAGGACGAUGCUGGCGAAUAUGUUUGUAGACAAUGCCAGUUUAAGGAAACAAAUCAAUGCUGUUCUUCGAUGUUCUCUAAAUGCCAAUAUCAAAUAUGAGGAAGACAAGGAGGAAGAGGAAGACGAAGUCCAUUUGCAAAAAACUGUUCUAAGCAAGUUUUUCGAAAGAUGACAUGUUCAAUACUACACGCAUGCACUCUAUAUCUAUUACUGAGUUAUUUCUGUUAAUGUUGUCCCUGUAUCUUGCACCAGUAUGAUUUCACUGCCAGAAUAGCAUUCUUUGCGAACAGUAACCGAGCUUAAUCAUAAAACCAAUCAUCAAAUUUAAUGAACAACCAUGCCCUGUUUGGUUCUAUAAA